AUGGCCCAGCUUACUGUGAGCCUGCCUAACGUGCAAGUCCAUUUGCUGAGCAGCCCUUCGGAGCCGACCCUCAUCAGCGUGCUCUGCUUGAACGAUAAGGAGCCCGUUUUCCAACAGGCUGCGCAAGAUGCCCGCGCGUUGUUCCCCAUCUCCAAGUACGACGACAUCCGCAAGGAAUUUGACGACUCGUACGACUGUAUCGCGCAUGCCAGCCCAGCGGUGCAGGAAAUCGCGAGGCAGAUGAAACACCUGGACGAGCUGGACGGCCAAUCGUGGAAUUUUUUCUACUUCGUGGUUGGCGCCAUUGACGGCAGCCGGGCCGUUGGGGUGGGCAGCAACAAAACCAAGCGGGAGAGGGCAGCCUACACCGCCUUGGCAGUCACCAAACUGCUGAAGGAAACAGGCUGUGGGCCCGCUUCCGUUUCUGCAGAGAUGAAUGAGCUGGCUUCCAGCAUCCGGCGGCAGUUGCCGCGACCCGGAGCAAAGCCAGCUGCGCCGCCCAGGACUCAAGUAGCUCCAAAGGCCUCACAGCAGCGAGCAUCUCCGCCAGCGGACGACCGCGCUGUUCCUGCAGAUCGCGGCGAUCACGGCGAGCUUCCCCCUUGGGCAGAUGCGUCACAGGCGUCUCGGUCGCGAGCCGACAACGCCGACCCUCCUCCCUGGGCACAGGCUGUUCCAGCAGAUCAUGACGGUCACGACGAUCUUCCCCCUUGGGCGCUUCCAAGGGCCGCGCCGCCGAGGCCCUCAGAAGAGGCCCCUUCGGAGAAGAAGAAGACCAACAAGAUCCCACAGAUACUUGAGGAAGUGGAAGCUGCGCUCGAGGAGGACGACGAGGACGAGGAUGGCGAGGAUGACGAGGAAGUGAUUCUGUCGCAGCCGCUUGUCACCGAGCCUCCUGGCUUUGCAGAGGAAGAGCAGCCGGAGCCGCAUAUUGUCAAGGGGCUGAAGCAGCAGACGUGGCGGCAAGAGGACGCACAGACGAUCCGGACCACCGGAACUGAUGACAUUCCACUGGGGACGGACACGGACCCGUCCAACUACAAAAACCUGUGGAUGGCCCUGCGAGCAACAAAUGACUACACAAAGCUGGCUUAUUCGCACGACUUGGACUCGCGUGUGCUUGACGCUGAAAACAUCGGCUUCACGUACAGCCAGCGGGUGCUGGGCAAGAAGGGUUUUGACCUCGCCGGUGUGAAGCUUGCGGUGGACUACUACAGGAGAAAAGGCAUCAAGCUGUUGGUCAUCGGCCAGCGUGACAGUCUGAAUGAUCUGAAAGAUCCUGAUGCCGGUAUCGAUGUCAUUGUCGCGGAUAAAAUCGACGAUGCUAUGAUCCUCAAGAAAGGGCACGAGAAAAUGUGUCCCAUUGUUUCGCGGGACGAGUUCCGCCGAGAGCAGGAGGACCAGCGUCUGGAUGCCGAUGUAAGACAUUGGCACAAAGAGCAGGGCCGCAAGCUGCAGGAGCGAUACACCUUCGACGAGCGCGGGAACUUCUGCCCGAGCUUCAAUUUGGAGCGGCCGAUCCUGACGCAAGAGUGGGACAGAGAGCUGCAGGAGAAGCGUGGCUAUGCCGUGUAG